GUCUUCCUUCGUUUUAUGUAAGCAUAUUCUUUCUCUUUCUCUCAUCUUAUACAGAAAGACAUAUAUUAUAUAUUGUAGCUAUAACAAGUGUGAAUGAUAGAAUUGUUUUUAUAAAAGAAGACUCAAGACCUGAGAAGAAGUAAGGCACAUCAAGAUGGGAGAUGAGAAGAGAGGUAGCAUAGCCUUUUUCGCAACAUAUCGGCCACCACUACCACUGGACAUAUACUCGUCCCCGCUUCCGAUAACAUCAAGGAAAGACGAGCUUCACAUGACUGACGGGCUUUCUUACAAUUACAAUGCCCAAGUCAUUCCAUCUGCUGCUCUCAAGAAAAUUCUCACUCGCCCCAAAUUGGCUUCCGAAGGCAACGAGGCAGAUGUAGACUCAGGUCGGCUCUCGGGCUUGGUUUUCGUCUCUGAACGUGGCAACCUCGAAACACUUCACAUAGCUCUUCGCUUCAAUGAAAACCCACCUAAAGUUAAAGUCUUUAGUUUUGCUGAUGUUUAUGGAACAUUUAGUGGUAUUCGAAUGGAGGACAGUGGUUGUAUUGCAGGUGAUUAUCUCAUUUACAUCACCACCAAGGAUGACCCUGGUGAUCGUCGUCAGCCAUGGACUGCUGUCUACAAAACUAAUCUUAAAACUGCCAAAACUGAACGCCUUACCCCAGCAGGGGACGCUGAUCUAAGUCCAUCGGUAUCACCAUCUGGAAAAAUGAUAGCAGUGGCAUCGUUCCAGAGAAAAGGUGGCUGGGAUGGUGAGAUUGAAGAUCUAAAGACAGAUAUUUUUGUGAUGAAUGUGGAGAAACCCUUCCGUCGCAAGUUGGUUAUAAAGAACGGUGGGUGGCCGAGUUGGGGAAGUGACAAUGUCAUAUUUUUCCAUCGCAAGGUUGGAGAGUUUUGGGGUGUGUUCAGAGCUGACAUUAGCAAAGGUUCGACAUCAGAAUUCCCUCGUGUCACUCCCGACAAAAUGGAUGCGAUAACUCCAGCAGCCAUUAGUGCUACUAGUGUGGCUGUUGCCACUAUUCGCCAGAAAUCUAAAUUCAGUGACGUUCGGGUAGAAGCACAAUAUCGACACAUUGAAGUUUUUGAUUCAACUGGAGAACAGAAGCCCAUACAAAUCACUCUAAACACAAGACCAAAGGCUGACCACUUCAAUCCAUUUGUGAUAGAUGGUGGGAAACGCAUUGGUUACCAUCGUUGCAAGAGUGACAUGUUAAAGAGUGGAGAUGAUAUCGAAAGACAGUUCCACAAGCUUGACUCCCCACAUCCAGAUGUAGGAUUGUUUAGGGUUUCGGGAGUGUUUCCAACAUUUUCCCAAGAUGGUUCAAGGCUUGCAUUCGUUGAUAAUGAGUUCAAGGCUGUGUGGGUAGCUGACAACCAAGGAUUGCGCAUUGUUUAUGAGACAAAAGGCCCUGACAACAUCUUUGCACCAGUUUGGAACCAAGAUCCAAAAAAAGAUGUGUUGUAUGUAUGCAUGGGACCAUCUUUUAAUAUUAGCAAAAAACUUGACAUUUGUGCCAUCCCCGAGGUGUCAAGUGGUAAACGACAUCGUAAACAACUCACACGAAUUAGCAAUAAUGCCUUCCCUUCUACCAAUGCAGAUGGAACAAAAUUAGUAUUUCGAUCAGCAAGAGAUGGAGGAGAAAAAAGACACAAGAAUCUCUACAUAAUGGAGGAUGCACAAUCUGGUGAGUUUGGAGAAGGCACAAUAACAAGGCUAACAAAUGGGCCUUGGACUGACACACAUUGCCAAUGGUCUCCAAGGGGUGAUUGGAUCGUUUUCUCUUCAACACGAGACAAGCCAGCAAGUGCACCAGCGACUGAUAAUGAUCUUGACCCAGGAUUCUUUGCUGUGUUUAUAGUGAAGGCAAAUGAUCCUUCGGUUGUGAUAAGAGUGUUAGGAAGUGGAAAUGAUCUUGGAGGGCAUGUAAACCAUCCAUUCUUCAGUCCUGAUGAAAAAAGUAUUGUUGUGACUGCAGAUCUUGCUGCAGUGUCUGUUGAUCCUAUCUCUUUGCCUCUCUUUUUGCAUUCUGUCAGGCCUUAUGGGGAUAUAUUCACUGUCGAUAUUGACCCGGAUGACAUUAACAAAAACAAGAAUGUUAAGAAAUUCAAUCGUGUUACACAUAGUAGGUAUGAGAAUUCCACUGCUAGUUGGACAAUGUUUUCAACCAAUGAUCCAAAUGCUUCUUGGAAUCUACUUUUGAAGGAAGACUACACACCCACUUGCCCUUAUGCAUAUCCUGAUGGAGGUGAAAGUUGGCACAUGACUGGCCACCUUUGCAUUCCUAGAAGAUGUUGUUGAUUAUUGUCUUUGUAUUCCUCUGGCUACAUGUGUCUUUGUUUGUCAUUUUAUUAUUUCCUCCUAAUAAUAAAGCAUCAUGCCUAUGUUUAUCAA